AUACAAAAUAAAAAAAAAAAAUUACAAAAUUACAAAAUGGAUAAAAAAGUUAGAGUUCAUAAGCUUAGACCAUAAAACGAAAGUUAACUUACAACUGAUUUGUAAAAACUUUAAGACGAACUUUCUUAAUUAAGAGUUGCAAAAAUUGCUGGUGGUACAGCAAACAAAUUAGGAAAAAUUAAAUUAGUAAGAAAAUCAAUUGCUAAAUAUUUGACUGUCAUUAAUGAAAAAAGAAGAAGUGCAGUCAAAAGUGAAUUCAAAGGAAAAUCUUUAAAGCCAUUAGAUAUUAGAAUUAAAAAAACAAGAGCAAUUAGAAGAAAACUCACAAAAAAAUAAAGAAGUGCAGUUCUUUAAAGAAUUUAAAAAGUAAGAGAUAACUUUGGUCUUAGAAAAUAUGCUUUAAGAGCUUGAUUUUAAAAUUUUUUUGUUAAAUUUAAUAUUUUACAAAUAUUUGUAAUAUAUAUUAUUAGUAAAAAAAAUUAUUUAAAUUUAUUAAGUAAAAAAAAUUUUUUUUUACAUAU